AUGGGCAGAUUAGUUGGCUUAGAGCUAGAGAACUUCAAAUCGUACAGGGGGACGUCUUGUAUUGGGUUUGGUACAUCAUUUUUCACGUCGAUUAUAGGGCCUAAUGGAGCUGGUAAAUCAAAUAUGAUGGAUGCUAUAUCAUUUGUUUUGGGAGUUAAAUCUUCUCAUUUAAGAUCUCACAAUUUGAAAGAUUUAAUAUAUCGUGGGCGUCGUACUAAUGUGAAUGCGUUAGAUAGUACGUUGGAGGAAAUAUCACCAGAUCCAACUAAAGCGCAUGUUAUGGCUAUUUAUGAGAAGGAUAACGGAGAAAUAUUGAAUUUGAAGAGAAUUAUUACCAGCAGUGGAAGCAGUGAAUAUAAGAUAAACGACAAGAGUGUGACAGCCUUACAAUAUUCUAUGGUCUUGAAGAACGAGAAUAUUUUGAUCAAGGCAAGAAAUUUUUUGGUUUUCCAAGGUGAUGUAGAACAAAUUGCCUCGCAAUCACCAAAGGAUUUGACAAAGUUAAUUGAGACCAUUAGUGGAGCUAAUGAAUACCAGCAGGAGUAUGAAACUUUAAGGGAUGAGCUGGAGAAGGCUCAUGAGUCGUCAAAUGUAGUAUUCUCGAGAAAAAGAACCUUGAAUUCUGAAUCCAAGCAAUACAAGGAGCAGUUGAUAGAACAAGAAACGUUCGAGAAGAAGUUAAUCGAUAAGACUAAUUUAAUUAAGAUGAUCAACUUGUACAAAAUAUACCAUAACGAGAAAAAACAUUUUCAAUUGCAUGGCGACUUGAAAAGUAAAAAUGAAGAAUUGCAUCUUUUGAAGCAGAAGUUAAACACGGAAGAAAAAUCUUACAAGAAUAUGAUGGCAGAUUAUUCGAAGAAGCUGUUGAAUUUGAAGAGCCAUUCCAAGAAUGUAUCUGAUUUUGUUCGUAAUAUUGAUUCCGAAAAACGAAACUUGAUUCCUGUAGAUGCAAACAAGAAAUCAUUGGUAACUAAAAUCAAUGCCUGUAAUAAUAAAAUAAAGGAUCUCAAGAAUGAUGUUCAAAAGCAACAAAAGCAAGUCUUAUCUAUCGAGAAACAAUUGAGAGAAGCCAAGAAAAUGUUUGAUGAUUUCCAAGAAAAAGUAGCUGCUUCUAGUUCAUCAUCAGUAUCGCCAAAGAGUCAAAAGGAAUAUGACAAUUUAAGAGCCAAAUUCUUGGCUAGCGAAGGGUCACAAUUAGAAGAAGAAUUAAGUCUUCUAUUGAAUGAGAAAGAUUCGAUCGAUUCAACGAUCACUAAUUACGGUAAUCAGAAGACAAAUUCACACUCUAGAAUAUCUGAUUUAGAAAGCAUUAUACAAUCAGAACUUAAAACGAAAUUAGGGGAAGUAUCUAGUGAAAUCAAUGAUAUACUUAGUCUUAAGUCAGAGAAAGUUGAAUAUAAAAAUAGUCUUACAAAGAAAAAGGAGGAAUUCAACUAUCAGGAAUUAGAAUUGAAUUCACAAUUGCGUGAUAUUUUAAUUAAAAUUGACGAAUUAGCUUCCCAACAAAGAGAAUCUAAUAAGCAAAGAAAAUUAAGAGAGAAUGUAACUAUGUUGAAAAAAUUGUUUCCUAAAGGAGCUGUAAAAGGAAUUGUAUACGAUUUAGUCCGCCCAGCUCAGCACAAAUACGAGGCAGCACUUCUGACCAUCUUAGGUCGAAACUUUGACGCUAUUAUCGUUGAGACAACUUCAGUAGCCUAUAAAUGUAUUGAAAUUUUGAAAGAAAGAAGAACGGGGGUUGCUACGUUUAUUCCAUUAGAUUCUAUUGUUAAUGAUUCACUUAAUUUGAAUUAUUUAAGGUCAGUACACCCUUCAGCUCAACCGGGUAUUGAUAUUUUAGAAUAUGACGACACAUCUUUAGAACAAGCUAUACAAUAUGUUGUUGGUGACACAUUGGUUGUGGAAAAUAUUGAAGUAGCCAGAAGUAUAAAAUGGGGUUCUGGUAAAAAAUUGGAUAAUAAGAUGGUUACGUUAGAAGGAUCUGUCAUUCAUAAGUCUGGAUUAAUGACUGGUGGUCAGCAACAACAAAAAUCUAACAAGACUCUAUCAUGGGAUCAAAAUGAAUGGAAUAGUUUAAGUAACCUUAAGGAGGACUUGAGCGAAAAGUUGACGAAACUUAAUGACGAGAAACCAAAAGAGCUUGAGAUCAACUUGGUAACUGAUGAGAUAAGUCAACUUGACGAUAAACUUCCAUUAUUAAGAGCUCAAAAAGCUAAUAUUGAAAGGGUUAUAGAAGACAGACAAACUGAAAUUAAUUUCCAGAAAGAGCUUAUAGAAGAAUUUGAAGUAAAUAUAGAAAGUAAAGUUGAAUUAUUGGAAAUUAAUUCCCAGAAGAUAGGAACCGUAGAGGAAAAAAUAAAGCAGUUACAAGAAACUGUGUACCAUGACUUCUGUGAGAAACUUGGCUAUGAAAAUGGUAUUGAAGACUAUGAAAACUUGCAUGGGUCUACCUUAAGAAUUAGAGCAAAAGAGAGAACUCAAUAUUUGAAGGCAAUUGAUACUUUAUCUAACAAAUUAAAUUUCGAAAAAGAAAAGUUAGCAGAAACAGAAAGUAGAGAAUCUGUGAUGCAACAACAAUUAAACUUAUUAGAAGAAAGUGUUGGAGGGAUUUUAUCUGAGAAGGAAAGUAUUGAGGAAAGGAUUGACAACCUCGAAGCUGAAUUACAGGUACUUCAAUCAGAGAAACAAGACUUAGAAACUGAAUUAAAUUCCAUGCUUAAAGUUUCAAAAUCCUUGGAAAAUAAUGUUAACGACUCUAACAAUGAAUUAAAAAAUUUGAAUAAGGAAAUCACAAGUAUGGAAGAAUCUAUUCUAAAAGUAGAUACCGAGAGAGUUAAUAUUUUGAAAAAUUGCAAGAUUGAGUCUAUUAACUUGCCAUUGAAGGACGGUCUUUUAGACUCGAUCUCUAUUAGUGAAAAUACUGACCUGCUUAUCAAAGAUAUAUACGACAUAGAAGUUGAUUAUUCCUUGUUGAGUGAAAAGCUUAGAGAAUCAUUCAAUACAAAAAUUGAAGCUGAAUUAAAAGCUAGACUAGAGCAAGUUAUUGAAGAUAUAGAACAGUUAACACCCAAUGCCAAAGCUGUUCAAAGACUCAAGGAGGUUGAAACCAAAUUGAAAAGCUUUGAUAAAGACUUUACUAAAGUCAGACAGCAAGAAAAUAAAAUCGUAGAGAAAUUUAAUACGGUUAAAGAAAAGAGAUACGAAUUGUUUUCAGAGGCUUUCAGUCAUAUAUCGGGCCAAAUUGAUUUUAUCUAUAAGGAAUUGACCAAAUCAUCCACAUCCCCUCUUGGAGGGUCUGCUUAUCUAACAUUAGAAGAUGAAGAAGAGCCUUAUAAUGCUGGUAUAAAAUAUCAUGCUAUGCCUCCUAUGAAGCGUUUCAGAGAUAUGGAUUUAUUAUCUGGUGGUGAGAAAACCAUAGCAGCUCUUGCGUUAUUAUUUGCUAUUCAUUCAUUCCAACCUUCACCUUUCUUUGUUCUAGAUGAAGUUGAUGCUGCAUUGGAUAACUCUAAUGUUAACAAAAUUGCGAAUUACAUAAAAAAGUAUGCUGGUCCUAACUUCCAAUUCAUUGUAAUUUCUUUGAAGAGUUCCUUGUUCGAAAGAUCAGAUGCGUUAGUUGGAAUAUAUAGAGAACAAAGAGAAAACAGCUCCAAAACAGUUACAUUAGAUUUGAGAGAUUAUUCCGAAGAGGAAGUACCUAUUGCUAAUGCUAGUGUGUCAGUUGCUUAA